GCGUUUGUUCUCGGUUCUCCAGUUUCGGUUUUGUGAGUUUCGUUUCAGUAGAGAGAGGCACUCGCUGGCGGGUGGACGUGUAUCGUGUGUGUUCGUGGGUUUGUUCCGGGAAAAAGCGGCUUCCGUCGGUCGUCCAGUGCUCUGCAGUUCAGGAUUUCUUUUUUUUCUCACUCCUGGAGGCAGGUCUCAAGGUAGUUGAGAAAUUCCUGUGAGUUUCUUUUUUCCUCUGAAGAUCCAUUGUAAAAUCGGCGAAAAGGGGGCCCUCCCUCAAGUGCUUUUUUGUCCCUUUGCACCAACUGGUUUCUAUUGUUCCGUUCGUUCGUACUUUGGUUGUUUCUUUUGUUCUCCGUUUCCGCUUUGUUCGGUUCGUUCGUGAGCGAAAAAGAUUCUUCGCGAGGAAAAUCGUGAGACGUUCGCUAAAGUGUAUCAAAUUCAGCACCAAAAGCGACGAAGAUAACAAAGUUUUGAUUUUCCGAAAGUGUUACAGUGUAAAAGUGUUUUUUUUCUCUGUUGAAUGUGUGCGUGUGUCCAAAACGCAAGGAUAAUUGAAUUUCUUGCCAGAAAACCAUUCGCCGAAAGGAUCUUCAAACAGGAUAUAACCUGCCGGAACUGUGACGACAAGGACGGCUAGGACGACGGGAAGAUUAAGAGUGCAUGGACAGUAGUGACAUUUUAGUUCUGUUCAGUGAAUCCCCAAUCAACUAGAAACAACAUAUCAGUGUGAGUGGCCGUUUAGUUUGGGUUUGUCUCCAAUCCCACGUACCCCACACCAGCACGACAAGAACCACCGUCACAAACCCCACAUUUCUCCAAAAGGUAGUGAAAAACGAGCGGAAAAUUUGUGUUUUCCCGCCCACCCCUUUGCACACAACCCCAACCACCACCAAAUCUUGGCUUUCCAGUGACAGUGUGUGUGUGUGUGCAUCGAAAAAAGGAAAAAAAGUCGGAGAUAAAUAUUUUAUUGAAAGUGAUUGCUGGAGGAAAGGAAAAAAAAAUAGAAACGAAAAAAUCGCAAGCAAAUAGCAGCAGUAGUGAGGAGGAGGGUGAGUGUGUGUAUGUGGUGAUCAAUAUUGAUACUUGAGGUCAGUUCCGAGCCCCGGCGAACUCAUCGGUCAUGAAAUAGGAUAUGGGACAGCAGCCGUUGGUGGACUACAAACUUCCGGUCGAGUAUUGAUGCCAAAGUGAUUCAACGUGUCGGCACGCAGGAAGAGGAAGAAGAAGAAAUCAAGUUUAGCGCGCGGCGGACCCGUGCGGGAAGAUGCCGUCAGGGAAUGUCCACCGGACACCAGCGAGAACGACGACGUCCUUCGCGACGACCCCAGUCUCGGCAGCGGCGCCGACGUCGAUGGCGACCCGUACCCAUCAUCGGAGACGCAACCCAAUUGGCAGGUUAAGCACCGCGUGGUUCGCGAUGAUCGCGGCAGGGUUGGUGCUGGUCACGAUGGCCACGUUGGCCGCCGGUCAGGCUGGACCACCGCAGACGUGUCCACCGGUGCCGGACAUUAAUCCGUGCCUGUGCCAGGUCAAGAAGAACGGGUUGGACAUUUUGUGUGAGGCCACGGACGUGCAGCACAUUACGCGGGCCAUGAGUGCCCUCAAGGGCAAGAAUCCGAUCAUCUUCUAUCUGAAGCUGCGCCACAACAACCUGCCCAAGCUGCAGGGCUUCGUGUUCCUGUCCCUGGACAUCCGGCACCUGACGAUCCACAACAGCAGCUUGGCGGCCAUCGAGGAGACGUCGCUCAGUUCGUUGGGUCGUGGCCUGACCCAGCUGGACGUGUCCCAGAACCAGCUGAUGACGGUGCCGUCGAGCGCGCUCAAGAACCUGCACCACCUGUUGAUCCUGAACCUGAACCACAACCGCAUCUCCGUCAUCCACAACCGGGCCUUCGAGGGGCUAGACACGCUGGAGAUCCUCACCAUCUACGAGAACAAGCUGAGCUCGAUCGAGCCGGACGCGUUCCGCGGGUUGGACAAAAAGUUGAAACGGCUUAACCUGGGUGGCAACGAGCUCACGGCCGUCCCCCAGAAGGCCCUCGCCAUCCUGGACAUGCUGCGGAAGCUGGAACUGCAGGAGAAUCGCCUCAAGACCAUCAAGGAGGGUGAUUUUGAAGGUCUACAAAAUCUGGACUCGCUGAUUCUGGCCCACAACCAGCUGACCGAGGUCCCGGCCCGCGUCUUCAGCCACCUGAUACUGCUCAACUCGCUCGAACUGGAGGGCAACUCGAUCUCCUACAUCGAUAAGGACGCGUUCGAGGGAUUGGAAGAAAAUCUGCAGUAUCUGCGCCUCGGUGACAACAACCUGCACCGGAUCCCGAGCGAGGCGCUGCGGCCGCUGCACCGUCUCCGGCACCUGGACCUGCGCUCGAACAACAUCUCGUCCAUCAACGAGGACGCCUUCGUCGGCUUCGGGGACUCCAUCACGUUCCUGAACCUGCAGAAGAACGAUAUCAAGGUGCUGCCGGCGCUGGUCUUUGAGAACCUCAACUCGCUCGAGACGCUCAGCAUCCAGAACAACAAGCUGACCCGCAUCCCGGAGGAGGUGAUGGAACCGAUCAUGGACUCGCUGCGCGUCGUCGACAUCAUGGACAACCCGCUGAUCUGCUCGUGCGAGCUGGUCUGGUUCCCGAACCUGCUGCGCGACCUGAAGAACCGCGACGACGAGAUGACGCAGAAGAAGCGCCCGAUGUGUACGAUGGCGAACGAGCACCGGGAGUACUACGUGCAGACGAUGCCGCUGGAGCGGAUGAACUGCGUUGGGAAAAAGUACCAGACGUCGUCACUGAGCGGCAACGGGCAGUCGGGGCGCAUCCACGGCGGCCCUGGGGCACUUACGGUGGCUGGGAUGGCGGUGGCCACGGCCGGCGUUGUCGGGCGGCAGCUGUGGAUGGCCGGGGCCGGGGUGUGUCAGUACUAUUACUAUUAGGAAGGGAGUAAGCGAGUGAGAAGGUAAGAACAUCGGGAAGAGGAUUGGAAGGCGGAAAUGGAUUGGGAGGAAUCGGAAGUGAGAGUUUAAGGGAUAGAUAAGGACGAGUGUGGGAAAUACAAAUGUUGCUUUAUUUUUUUUUUUGAACUGUUGUUUUCCGGACAGUUUGCUUGAAGGUGCGCUGUUGAAACCUUCGCCAUUUUUUGGUUGUUCUAUGUUAAAAAGGGAUGAUUGCUUGAGCACGCGGAAGGAAAGAGUGAGGUGAAUUAGGGGGUAGGUUAGAACAGUUAGAACAGAGGGUAUGUAUAACAUAUAAGUUUAGAGUUAUGAAGCUAUAAAUUACAACCAGAAGCAAAAGCAAACUACAAGUACACAAAGCAAACCAAAAAACACAAAAGUUACACAGUUGCAACUUUCUAAGUGGAGGGAUAACAAGUCUCAUGUGCGGCUGAGAAAA